UAAUCCUUUUCCCUGGAAGUCAGGCUGGUGGGGGGUGUUUCCAGUAUCACUGGUUUGAAACAAACCCAUUAGGACCUGAAAUGGAUAAUCAGACAUUGGAGAAGUGAUAUAGGAGCAUACCAUUAGCAUCACUGAAAUACAAGAAACAAGUCAAGAAGUUGAAUGCUUGCUACAGCUGAAUAUUUCCUAAGUCCUGGGGUGAAAAGGGGAAAAAGAGAACCAUAGGAUGUUGCUGGUACAUAUGUAAAUGACAGGAAACCAUGACUAGCAGUGUGAUUGUCGACAGGAAACAAAAAUUCAGAGCCUACGCGACGGUGCCAUACAGUGCACUCACCGUGCUGUGUUGUCUGCUGGCCUCUGUGGCCUGGGGAGCAGCGUUCGUCUGCGUGAGCUGUUCUUCUGUGGCCCUAUCUGCUGGAGUUCGAUGAAUUAUUCUCUGUCUGGUUAAUCCACUUUGCUGGAGUUGGCAAGCCCUGUUUUUUUUUUUUUCUCUGUACACCUGUUACUGUGAAGAUCUUGAACAGCCAUGGGGAGAAAAGGAUGUGUGUGAACCACCCUCGCAAGCUGGCAGCCGACUGAGUGCUCUUCGGACCCCAGGCAGCUUUGAGGUGUCUUGGCUGUUCAGUGCUCUGCAGAUAUGAACGCUGAGCUUUUCUGGCACGUUCUCACGUUGGCCUGGUUGCUCUCACCAUGCUAGUACAUGGGAAAGAAGACUUCCUCUCAGACGUAGCUUACAUCAUCCUGGAACUGGUCAUUGCUGUGCUGGCCAUCUUGGGGAACAUCCUGGUCUGCUGGGCGGUCUACUUGAAUAGCAACCUGCAGAACGUCACCAACUACUUUGUGGUGUCCCUGGCUGCUGCUGACAUUGCGGUGGGUGUGCUGGCAAUCCCCUUUGCCAUCACCAUCAGCACUGGCUUCUGUGCCUUCUUCUAUGGCUGCCUUUUCAUUGCCUGCUUUGUCCUGGUCCUGACUCAGAGUUCGAUCUUCAGCCUCCUUGCUAUUGCCAUUGACAGAAUCAUUGCAAUCCGCAUACCCCUCAGGUACAAUGGCUUGGUGACUGGCUCUCGAGCCAAAGGUAUCAUUGCCAUCUGCUGGGUAUUAUCUUUCAUCAUCGGCCUGACGCCAAUGCUUGGGUGGCACAAACGCUCGCAGAUUGAAGAGGAGGGUACCAAUAAGUCCUCUCCCAUCAACUGCAGCAACAGUAUGGUGGCAUGUCUCUUUGAGGCUGUGGUCACCAUGGAGUACAUGGUUUACUACAACUUCUUUGCCUGUGUGUUGUUGCCUCUCCUCCUUAUGUUUGGUAUCUACUUGAAAAUCUUCAUGGCAGCCCGGCGACAGCUCAAGCAGAUGGAGAACAAGAUGGUACAUGGGGAACGCUCACGCUCCACUUUGCAGAAGGAAGUUCAUGCAGCCAAGUCUUUAGCCAUAAUUGUUGGGUUGUUUGCAGUCUGCUGGCUUCCACUACAUAUUAUUAACUGUUUCACCCUUUUUUGCCCAGACUGUGCCCGUGCUCCCCUCUGGCUGAUGUAUCUGGCCAUUAUCCUGUCUCAUGCCAACUCGGUUGUAAAUCCUCUGAUUUAUGCCUACCGGAUCAGGGAGUUCCGUCACACCUUCCGUAAGAUCAUCAGCCAGCAUAUCCUGGGCCGGAAGGAGCAGUUCAAGGCAGGAACAGCCAGCUCUAGGACUUCCACACACGGUGGGGAUGGGGAGAACGCCAGCAUACGAAUCGGUGAGUAUGCAUUAGAAGUAUACACCAAUGGAGAGAUCCACAGGGAUCCUGAAAAGCAGGACUUGAACAAAUGCAAAGCAGGCUUGGAAUGGCACCAGAAUGGAAAUGCUCUGGACAUGGAGACAAAUGGGCAUCUCCCACAUUCCUGCAAAAAUGGGAUUCUCUCAGAUGCAUGUGUGAACAGGGAGCUUCAUAGUGAAGAGCUAAUUGAUGCCCAUGUCUCGGAUCUAGAAAGCGCAGCCUUUGCAGCAGCUGAUGUUUCCUGAUGACUCUUUCAAAGUCUUCCUGGUAGAAUUAUUUUUUUUUCCAUUGGUGGCCUCUGCUGUGGCAGAAAGGGAGGUUGAGGGGGUCGAGGGGAGAGGUUUGUGUUAAGAUUGCUGCAGAGAAAGGUGUCCCUACCCAGGACUGUUGGGAAGAUCUUAAAUACUAGACUGGAGAAAAGCCAAGAGACCAUUGAAAUGGACUAAAGGAGGAAGGGACACAUUACCCAUCAAAGACCUGUCACCAAGAGCGGUGCCAAGGUCGGAGAUGGCAUUCCAAGUUCAGCACUGGGAGAACUCUGUUGAUGCAGGGCAUGUUGUGACAUUAUGCUGUACUGUGCGUCCAUGUUUGUAUGUCAGUUUUGCUGUCACUAUCAAGAGAAAUAAAAGCAUGGCUGGAAGUAUUCACUUAAUUGCAAAGAGCAGCAGGGAGGGGCCUUUUAGUACUUUGGCCCUGCAACACACUGAAGGGGGAUAGCAGCAUCUGUUGGUCAGAAAGGAUGCCAACAGCUUCUCAGAGAAGGAAGGAAUUUACCUGAUGGGAACUUUGAAUACCUUCAACCAUGGCAUUUUGGUUUUGGUUCAUGUUUUUAAACUUAUACUGUAACAGGUUCCUGAGAUGUUUUUUCCUGUCUUGAUUAGAUUACUUGAUGUGAAGUUAUAAAAGGUGGGCAAGAACUCUUAUCCAUUCCCUGACUGCUCAGUGUUCCAGAGGCACAAGACAAAUAUAACCUCGUAGCCCUCCACUUUGUCUAGCAAAUAAUGAAAACGGAGACUCAAGUAUGGUGUUCCCUUAGCCGAAAGGCUGUUAGCAGGGCUUGGUGCUGCAGGUUGUAGAGGAGCAGGCCAGGUUCUGGUCUGUUCCCAGAGGUGAUCCGGCAAUGCCCUGAGGUGUUGUGGAGACCCCGCGGGUGUACGGAUUGUCUGCAAGCUGAUGGGCACUGACUGGGGUCUGCUUUUUUCCUCUCUCUCUGUCUUGUCCUUCUGUGCACCUAGAAUGGUGAUUCUUUCCAUGGCCCUAAGUGUGUGUGAGAAGUGGUCGUCUUCCUCGUUUUAGUCAUUUUCAUCCUCACCCAAAAAGUUGUGGUUUUUCUUUUUUCUUUUUUUCUCAAGGGGUGGGGAGAACGCACACACAUACCCAACACUUAGUUUUGGAAUUUCAAUGAGCUGUUUGAUGAACACCUUUUCUCUGUGAUUCCAGCUGAUUCCUGAUGUGCUUUACUGUGGAGCCCCAUGUGUCCCUGCAGUGUAGAGACCUUCUGAUGUCCAACAGAGCUGGGUUGGUGUCUGGUUAGAAGAUGCUCCUACUCUGGGGAGCUGGAAGGCAUCAGUGCUAGUGGCAAUCUACUUAGAAACCACAUUAGUCUGUCCGUGUAAGAGAAAUCUUUGCAAAUCUGUGCUGCAGUAAGGGCAUGCACUGAUGUGGUUUGUUGUAGAGAAGUUUUACAGCAGUUUGAAUGAUAAUUGGCUCUAUCAUUUAUGAAGUCUGGUAGCUUAAGGGCAGCAGAAAGGUAGAAUACAAGCUGGUGUGGCUAAAGACUGUUGGGUCUUUGUUUUCUAGACAAAUAUUCCAGUAUCAUGUCCAACAUCACCACCCUUCUGGGACUGGAGACAGGCAGUAAUGAUCCUACGGGAAAACUCAAAGUCAGGUAGUUCCAGAGAUCUGGAGAUUCUUCCUUAGCUUAACAAAUCAGAGGUAUCAGCCCUUAGCCCUUAGUCCUCCUGGCAUCUGUCCACUGAACAUUUCAGAACUCAAAUCAGAGUCAUUUUCAGAAAGGAGAGGGGAACUGGGUUUUAAUAUUUCAGGAACAGCAGAAGAUGAGGUUUGCGUGUUCUCAUUUAACGUUUAUUUUAAGUUUUGCGAACUAUUAAAAUGAAAAGAAUUUUAUUUUUGCCAGUCUCCCUGGAUGAAGGUGGGAAGUGGUUUAUAACUGCUGAACAUAUUUAAAUAUGAAACAGCCCCAGGCUAGCACAGAGCUUAUUUUGAGAUGGAUAAAAAGAUGUCGUCACCACCACAAUCUUUAGCAAAAAGACAGGCAAGAACGUAAGAACGUAGAACAAUAGACUUCACAGUUUAAUUGAAUUGCUGUUUUCUUGGCAUGAAUCUUCCACAUAGUCUAACGUCAGAGGAGUGGAUUAGCGCUCCAGCACCAUUCACACACACUAAGCCGUUUCCCCGUAACUGACGUCAUAGGUUGUUCCUUUGUAGGGUGACUUGGGAUUUUGUUGCUCUUGAUCUUUCUUGAUGGAAUAUUUCUGUAGGUUGUUUGAGGGUUCUCUCCUCUGGCCUCCUGUAACAGCAGCAGAAUUCAGUCAGGAAAACAGGGGUCUGAUCUCAUCGGGCCUCAGUUGGGAGCUGAAAAAUUUCUAAGAAUAACACAAGAUUACAUCCGGUAUUCAUGUCAGUAACAAUUAGGACCACAAAGAAGCAGAGCAGGGGAAGGAAGUGCGGGAAGAUACCAGCAUCGCUCAUGUACUGGAACAUGCACAAGUGCAGAAGUGUCUCUUACUGAGCUUUAGUUGCCAUUGUAAAAGGAUGUUUUAUGUUAUGUUGCAUCAGACUUUCAACAGCAGAUAUGGGUUGGUUGCUUUUUAUUGUUUUCUGAGCUGCUUCACGCUCGUUUGUGGCAGCAUCUUGCUUGGUUGCUACAAGAA